AUGCCUCUAGACGGAGUGAAGAAUAUUGUCCUAGUGCUUUCCGGCAAAGGAGGCGUAGGAAAAUCCUCUGUUACCCUCCAACUGGCCCUCGCACUCUCCCUGCAAGGCAAAUCUGUCGGAAUCCUCGACAUAGACCUAACAGGCCCCUCAAUCCCGCGCCUCGUCGGCCUCGAAGACGCAAAGAUCACCCAAUCUCCAAAUGGCUGGCUGCCAGUCCCAGUCCAUGAUGCCGUGCCCGCACAAUCCGAUUCAUCUACACCCCCGCGCGGCUCCCUCCGUUGCAUGUCUCUAGGCUUCCUCCUCCGCGACCGCGGCGACGCCGUCAUCUGGCGCGGACCUAAGAAGACAGCCAUGAUUCGACAGUUUUUGUCCGAUGUUUCGUGGGGAGCGACCGAUUACCUGCUCAUUGAUACCCCGCCCGGCACGAGUGACGAGCAUAUCGCGUUAGCGGAGCAGCUUCUCACACUCUCUACUGCAGAUGCUGCGACUGCGGCGCAGCGCAAUGUGCCCCGUCUUACGGGUGCGGUGCUUGUGACGACGCCGCAGGCUGUCGCUACCUCAGAUGUGCGCAAGGAGGCGAAUUUCUGUGUCAAGACGAGUAUCCCAGUGCUUGGGGUCAUUGAGAACAUGUCCGGGUAUGCUUGUCCGUGCUGUGGCGAGGUUAGUAACCUCUUCUCGAGUGGUGGAGGCGAAGUCAUGGCGCAGCAGUUGGGGAUUCCAUUUUUGGGCAAGGUGCCAGUGGAUGUCAAGUUUGGAGAGCUGGUUGAAGGCAAAGUCGAGGAGAGUGACGACGAGGAUGAGGACAAGGACGAGCAGCCUGAAGCUCCUGCGGAGCCGGAUUUGAGGCCACUUGUGGAAAAGUACAAGGAGGGCUGGUCGUAUGCGCGAUUCGAGGAAUUUGCGAAGACUUUACUUGGGGGUGCGGAGAGCACGGCUGGGGCGUCCUAA